GAGUGCAGGGCUUCAGCCCAACUCCCCAGCUGCUCCCACGUAUUCUUCCCAACCCCCAAAGCUGUUAAAUCUCACACAGGAGUGGAGACCCAGCACAGCCAGAAUUCCCAGCAACUUUUGCGUCUGAGGAGGGCGGUCACCAUGAAUGCAAGUGAGUUUCGCAGGAGGGGGAAGGAAAUGGUGGAUUACGUGGCUGACUACCUGGAAGGCAUCGAGGGGCGCCAGGUGUUUCCGGAUGUGGAUCCAGGCUACCUGCGCCGCCUGAUCCCCACCACCGCCCCGCAGGAGCCAGAGACAUUUGAGGACAUCAUUAAGGAUGUUGAGAAGAUCAUCAUGCCAGGGGUGACCCACUGGCACAGUCCCUACUUCUUCGCCUACUUCCCCACGGCCAGCUCGUACCCGGCCAUGCUCGCGGACAUGCUGUGUGGGGCCAUCGGCUGCAUCGGCUUCUCCUGGGCUGCCAGCCCGGCGUGCACGGAGCUAGAGACGGUGAUGAUGGACUGGCUGGGGAAGAUGCUGCAGCUGCCUGAGGCGUUUCUGGCUGGAGAAGCUGGAGAAGGGGGCGGGGUGAUCCAGGGAACUGCCAGUGAAGCUACCCUGGUGGCGCUGCUGGCCGCUCGGACCAAAGUGACCCGACGCCUGCAGGCUGCCUCCCCGGAGCUGACACAGGCUGCCGUCAUGGAGAAGUUGGUGGCCUACGCGUCUGAUCAGGCACACUCCUCUGUGGAAAGAGCCGGCUUAAUUGGUGGAGUGAGAUUAAAAGCCAUCCCUUCAGACGACAAGUUCGCCAUGCAAGCUUCUGCCCUGCAGGAGACCCUGGAGAGAGACAAGGCAGCCGGCCUGAUUCCUUUCUUUGUGGUGGCUACACUGGGGACCACAUCCUGCUGCUCCUUUGACAACCUCUUAGAAGUGGGGCCCAUUUGUCACGAGGAGGGCUUGUGGCUGCAUGUGGACGCCGCCUACGCGGGCAGUGCCUUCAUCUGCCCUGAGUUCCGGCAUCUUCUGAACGGCGUGGAGUUUGCAGAUUCGUUUAACUUUAAUCCCCACAAGUGGCUCUUGGUGAAUUUUGACUGCUCUGCCAUGUGGGUGAAAAAGAGGACAGACCUGACCGGAGCCUUCAGGCUGGACCCGGUCUACCUGAGGCACAGCCACCAGGACUCAGGGCUUAUCACUGACUACAGGCACUGGCAGCUGCCGCUGGGCCGGAGGUUCCGCUCUUUGAAGAUGUGGUUUGUUUUCAGGAUGUAUGGAGUCAAGGGACUGCAGGCCUAUAUCCGCAAGCACGUCCAGCUGUCCCAUGCGUUUGAGGCAUUGGUGCGCCAGGACACCCGGUUUGAAAUCUGUGCAGAAGUCACUCUGGGACUGGUCUGUUUCCGGCUAAAGGCUUCCAACAAACUGAACGAAGCUCUUCUGGAAAGCAUAAACAGUGCCAAAAAAAUCCACUUGGUUCCUUGCUCCCUGAGAGACCAGUUCGUGCUGCGUUUUGCCAUCUGCUCACGCACGGUGGAGUUGGCCCAUGUGCAGCGGGCCUGGGAGCACAUCCAGGAGAUGGCGGCCAAGGUGUUAAGAGCACCGGGGGACGGAAUGGCAGGUAAGCCGCCCUGUGGGGAGAAGUCCCUCCACCCUAAAAGAGAGAGAUAGAGCCAGCCCUGUCUGGCCCAGAGAAGUAGGCACAUACCACAUAGGGAGUCUUGAGAAACUUCGAGAGAUUUCUACUUUGUACUCUUUUAUUUGACACUAUCAGUCAUACAUCUCUAUAAUAUCCCCUCAGCUUUCUCCAGUGUUACUCCCAGCUUACAGUUAUAGCAGCUUACAAACUGGCAAAUGGUAGAUAAAUGAAAAUGAGUGAAAACACUCAAAAAGGAAUUUGACAUGACGGCUGGUUUGCUGUCAGGAAGGACACGUUCAUGUUGAUUUAGAGAAAGAAAAUGUUAAACUAUUGUUUAUCAGUUAUAGAAACCCUGAAGACAGUGGGCAGGUGACUUGUAAGAAAAGCAUCUCACAAACACAGCAUUGAAACAAGUUGGAAUGAUGUCUGUUGAACUGCAAGGGUCUUCAGAGCCUUCGCAUUAGGUUAUUUUAUGAAUGUCAUUCCAUUGGAGUUUUCCCACCACCUUGAUUUCUUUCUUCUUCCUUUUGCCCCACUUGGGGGAGGUGGGUGGUAGGAGCUUCAGCUUUUCUUUUUUUAUAUUGUUUAAACAAAUAAUAGAUUUAUAUCUCUCUAGAAAGAGUUUAAAGAAAGGCA